AUCGUCUCAACUCGGUCUUCAGGUUUGAUAUCGAGAAGGAGCAGACGGAUGUGCUAUCUUCCGAGCCCACCUUGAACUUCAACGUUGCCGCUCAGUUGUGCUCGCGCAGAGUAUCGUCAGACAGGCUGCUCCAGCGAUACUCUGAAAUCUGCGGAACAGCAAUGGCUCAAGCUGGUCAGUCUUUGCUUUAUGUCUGCAGAAGCUGUCGACAGAGCCUACGGAGUGCGUCGAAAGCCUCCCGGUCGUUCAGCACCACUCCCAACAGACAUAAAGUGGUACCUUCCUUCACACCUACCAGUCACGGCGAGCUUGACCAGCUACUUCUAGCAUGGCGCGAGAAAGUCUUCAUUCCAGCUGCGCUUCCGGAGCAUCACAGAAAGCUCAUCUACAAACCAUCGCGGCAACAGGCACUUUCGAACGAUGCGGGCGUUAAAGUCACCAUGUCGGACGAUGAAGAGAUCACAUUGCAGCCGCGGGAUCCGUAUGACAAGCCGAACGUUCGAGAGUCCAUGAAAAAGAUGAUCGGCAUAUUGAGCGAACAGAACGAGGAUGUUGUGUGGAAUAAUCUGGGACCUUGGCUAGAGGGACUACAAAUGUCGAAACAAAGACUGCCACACUUCUUCUGGCAGAAGAUCACGCGCAAGGCAUGUGAGAUUGGGAAAGAACGGAUCAUCCUUGCUUGCGCGGAAAAAUCCAACAAAACCGGCUUCUCGCUCAAGAAACAGGGUGUGACAUUCGAAUUGAUGCUGGGCUUCCACAAGCGUGCUGCCGAUCACGGCUUCGCUGGCCCAGAGCUCGAAAGCGCAUGGCAGAGAGCCUUGAAAGUAACACGCAUCCUCGAAGACAUGCUGCAUGACGGCAAACAGCUGAAAGAGCACGAAGUCGAUCCUAGAAUGGAUCCGUUGGUCCUGAGCGUAUUGACCGAACUAGCGGCCGCGAAAGCCCUUGAGUCUGGUGGCAAUGCUGAUCAAGUCGCAAGCUAUGCGGCAAGGAUGCUUCCCAUUGCGCAAGAGAGAGACUUCACUGUUCAGCUGGCGGACGGGAUAAAGGAAGAUGUCCGAACGCGUGCUCUGUACAAUGCUGUUUUGGAAUCAUUCUUGCCAAUGCAGAAUGCUAUCAACUUGGCACUGAAGUUUGAUGCUAUCAAGAAGUCUGACCUGGGCGAAAAGCUGAGCCUGCAUCUGAGGAUAGUAGACCAGAAAGUGGAGAAUGCAGUGCAGAAGCUUCGUGCUGUAUCCGACGGAAGGAGAAGACGAGGGGAAUUGAUGUAUGAGCAACUUUAUGAGAAGGAUUCAGGCUCAUAGGGUGACCAUAGGUGUGGUGCGGUGCUUUGAAGGUCAAGGAGGACAUUCAUGCCUAGGUACCUACGUCCUCUGCCGCACCGUCGUGUAUUGCAAUGAUACUGUAUAUUAC